AUGGGUCCCCAUGGCGUGACUGUGUUAACAGAUUUCAGUCCCCACAACGUGACUCGCUGCUCUGACCAUGUGGGCGUCACUCGCUGCUCUGACCAUGUGGGCGUCACUCUCUGCUCUGACCAUGUGGACGUCACUCGCUGCUCUGACCAUGUGGACGUCACUCGCUGCUCUGACCAUGUGGACGUCACUCGCUGCUCUGACCAUGAGGGCGUCACUCGCUGCUCUGACCAUGUGGGCGUCACUCGCUGCUCUGACCAUGUGGGCGUCACUCGCUGCUCUGACCAUGUGGGCGUCACUCUCUGCUCUGACCAUGUGGACGUCACUCGCUGCUCUGACCAUGUGGACGUCACUCGCUGCUCUGACCAUGUGGACGUCACUCGCUGCUCUGACCAUGUGGACGUCACUCUCUGCUCUGACCAUGUGGACGUCACUCGCUGCUCUGACCAUGUGGACGUCACUCGCUGCUCUGACCAUGUGGACGUCACUCGCUGCUCUGACCAUGUGGACGUCACUCGCUGCUCUGACCAUGUGGACGUCACUCGCUGCUCUGACCAUGUGGACGUCACUCGCUGCUCUGACCAUGUGGACGUCACUCGCUGCUCUGACCAUGUGGACGUCACUCUCGCUCUGACCAUGUGGACGUCACUCUCUGCUCUGACCAUGUGGACGUCACUCUCUGCUCUGACCAUGUGGACGUCACUCGCUGCUCUGACCAUGUGGACGUCACUGGCUGCUCUGACCAUGUGGACGUCACUGGCUGCUCUGACCAUGUGGACGUCACUCUCUGCUCUGACCAUGUGGACGUCACUCGCUGCUCUGACCAUGUGGACGUCACUCGCUGCUCUGACCAUGUGGACGUCACUCUCUGCUCUGACCAUGUGGACGUCACUCUCUGCUCUGACCAUGUGGACGUCACUCUCUGCUCUGACCAUGUGGACGUCACUCUCUGCUCUGACCAUGUGGACGUCACUCGCUGCUCUGACCAUGUGGACGUCACUCGCUGCUCUGACCAUGUGGACGUCACCUCUGCUCUGA